UCUGUGCUCCAGGAGACCCCAGCAUGAGGACCCUGGCCAUCCUCGCUGCCCUUCUCCUGGUGGCCCUUCAGGCCCAGGGUGGACCACUGCAAGAGAGAGCUGAGGAGGCCCCAGCCGAGGAGCAGCCUGGGGCACAGGACCAGGAUGUGGCCAUCUCUUUUGCAGAGGAUGAAAGCUCAGGUCUCAGAGCUACAGGCUCAACUAGGGGCUUGACCUGCUACUGCAGAAGCCGAGGCUGUACUCGGCCAGAGCGCGCCUAUGGGACCUGCACCUCCGGGGGCCGCCGCUACACCUUAUGCUGCCGCUGAGCAUCAAGGACACAGAGCUAUGGGCUUUGAGACCUAGAAGGGAACUUUCAUUCCUUCUAUUCCUUGUCAAUUUCUUCCCUCAUCCCAAAUAAAGUCCUU